UAGUUGCCUCUGUUAAUAACCUAAGUAUACAUUUCAUCAGAAAUAGAAGUAGAACUAGUGUAUUUCGGCGUGGUUACACGGCAAGCUUACCUAGCUGCCGGGUGGCAAUGGGCUCCCGCGGCGACGACGAGGAGCAGCCGGCUGCCGUGCCCCUCCUAGCGGCGGCCUACCCAACUCCGAGCGGCCUGAGACGGAGCCACGCCGGCGACGUUCACCUCCUGUCGGCCGCCUUCCUCUUCGUCUUCUCCGCCUACCUCCCCACGCAGAACCUGCAGAGCACACUCAACACCGAGGGCAACCUGGGCGCCGUGUCCAUGGGGAUCCUGUACGCCUCCUUCACCGUGUUCACGGCGACGGCGGCGGCCGUGGUGCGGCGGCUGGGGUCGAGGGGCGCGCUCGUCGUCUGCACCAGCGGCUACGCGCUCUUCAUCCUCGCCAACCUCCUCCCAACGUGGUACACGAUGGUGCCGGCUUCAGUCUACCUGGGUUUUACUUCAUCCCUCAUGUGGGUUGGCCAGGUCAUUGGAAAUUUGAUCUCGCUCGUCGUGCUGGGGAAUGACAAGGAUGGAGGAGGUGCCAACAAGAACCUCUUGUUCACUGUAUUCCUCGGCUGCAUGGUCGUCGGCAUCGUGCUCAUGUGCCUGCUCUCCAGAAGAGAUGAGAGCAGAGGAGAAUCAGACGGCCAUGAACCCCAAGGGCGUUCCUUUCUCGCUGACACGUCGACGUCUGCCGUCACGCCGCUCGCUGACCCGAGGAUGCUCCUCCUCGCUCCUCUCCUCGCCUACUACGGCCUGCAAAAGGCAUUUGUAUGGGCUGUGUUCACCAAGAGUGUCGUGACCCCCGUUCUCGGGGUCGCCGGAGUCGGCGGGGCGAUGGCAGUCUACGGCGCGGCCGGUGUCGUCAGCUUGCUGGUCGCCGGCCGUCUGACCUCCGGCCUCCGUUCGUCCACCUUCAUUGUGUCAACCGGAGCUGUUCUCCAGGCCGGGGUGCUGCUCUGGCUGCUCUUUUUCUACUGUCCCAUGCUCGGGUCAGCAGCUCCGCUGGUCGUCGGCGCCGUAUGGGGCGUCGGAGAUGGGAUUCUGAACACGCAGUUGAGUGCGUUGAUCGGGCUUCUCUUCGAGAACGACAAGCAGUGGAGAUUAUUGACUAAGGAGCCAGAUCGGGAUGCCCUGGACCUGCUCAUCGCCAAAAUUCGGGCUUCAGCCUCUCAGAUCUCCGGGACGAAUCAGGGCGUAUAAUUUUGGUGCUGUAGUUUGCGGGAUUAGGUCUCCUUCUCUUCCCGGCCUGCGUGUCGUGUUUGGCAGCUGCCUGUAUCGUUAGUACUUUGGGUCUAUUUACCUUUCUUUGUGGCUCUGUGAUUGUGUGAACCUUGGGUAUCCGCGACGCUGCCGUAUGGCUUUAUCUAUAUGUGACGCCCCCGAUUCAAUCGUACA